AUAAAGCAUCGCCAGUGUGAGAUAUGAAAAUGGAAUGACAGUAAUCGCCGCGAAAUAAGAAGGGAUCGCAUCGAGUGAGUGUCGCAAAAGUGAGGGAUGGGAGGGUUGAAAAAUGCGCAGUGAAGUUCGGUGCGGCGAGGAUAUACUCGGAGGGUUUUUAACGACGUAGUGUAACCGUCAAGUAUCGCAAAGCAUGUGACAAUGCGUCGGAGAAGGUACUGCAACCUUCUGACCUUCACUAUGGUGUUGCUCAUUUUUGUCGGACGCAGCGACGGCUAUUUGAACAUCUUCAUCAGCAAAGCUCAGGUCAUGAAACUCCUUGGACUCACUGCGGAACUGUUCUACGUUCGAGAAGGGGUGGUCAACAAUUAUGCUAUGAACUUUGUCGUCCCAGUUCCGGCCAAUAUGGCUGACCUAGAGUUUUCCUGGCAGAGCCUCGUUGCACACCCGCUUCCCUACUCCAUGCAGCUCGACUACGAAGUCGUCGGGACGCCAGGUCGAGGCAACACGGGGAUGAUGGCGCUACUGCCGCCAAGGGUGAACGUCUCGGCCCAGGGAGAAGUUCCAGUCAAGCUUCAGGUGUUCAGGAUACGUUUGCCCUGUUCAGGACUCGCCAGUGCCGAGAUUCCGUUGGUCUUGAGACUGAAUGUUUCGGCACCACCUGGGACUCGAUACAACGACACUGUUCUAUUAUUCAGACGCAAUAAAAUUUGUCUCAAAGGUGUGGAAGCUCCACUGAAGAACAAUUCAGUAAAGCUGGAAGCUGGUUCCUUGGUAACUGGCAGUGGAACACUCUACGUGGCAGCGGCUUGUGCUUGCGCCCUGGUCCUCGUCGUUGCAAGCGUGGUCAGCGCCCUGUACAUCAGAAAUAGCAAGGCCAGGGUUCAAGAAUCACAAAAAACGCUACCCUGCUGUAGCUACACAGCAGCUACUACCGGAGGUCUGACCGGGAGCUCGGUCCUCGUAAGGGUGGACACUCGCCCCGGAAGUGCAAACUCUGGAAGCUACGCGACCAUCGCUGACUUGGAGCCACUUUACGCUAGACCUUGCGGGUCAAGGGCGAGCUACUACGCUGCCAGUCAUGUGACGCAUCUCAGUCAGGCGACGGAUCCGUGUGACAAAGCGAAAGCUCUCGCCGUUCCCAGGUCAGCUCUGCACUGUCGAAACCUCGCACAGGUAGGAACCUUCGGCCAGGUUUUCAAGGGAACAUUGGAAUUGGCUGGACGAGAUCAGGAAGUGAUUAUUAAGACUGUCACAGAAGUGGCUUCCGCCUAUCAAGCUUCCCUCCUCGUCGUCGAAGGAUCACAGCUCGCCGGGCUCGUUCACGCUAACAUUGCUUCGUUGGCUGCGGCCUGCCUCGACAGUCCAUGUCCACUUCUGGCCUAUAACUCGACGAUAAACGAGCUAAACCUGAAGCUCUACUUGACUGAUGGCCGAUAUCACCCCGUCGCUAGGGACCUCGUCCACGUCGGUGCCCAAGUCGCAAGGGCGGGAGCUUUCUUGCAUGGACGAGGACUCUUGCAUAGGGAUAUCGCAGCGAGAAACUGCCUCAUAGAACCGGCCAGCCUUCGCGUCAGGCUUGCCGACGCUGCUUUGGCGCGGGAUCUUUUCCCUCAGGACUACCACUGUUUGGGUGACAAUGAAAAUCGACCUAUUCGGUGGAUGGCUCUCGAAACUCUCAUCCAUAAUCAGUUUAGCACUGCCACCGAUGUGUGGGCUUUCGGCGUUCUCCUGUGGGAACUGGCGACGAUGGGGCAGCAGCCGUACCUGGAGGUGGAUCCCUUCGAGAUGAUGGCGUGUCUGAGGGACGGCUACAGGCUGGCCCAGCCGAGACCUUGCGCCGAUGAGCUUUUCGCGGUGAUGACGGUCUGCUGGCUCGGACUUCCGCGGGACAGGCCGACGAUGCCGCAGCUCCUCGCCUACCUCCAGGAGUUCCACGACGCGCUCGGUGGUUUCAUUUAG